AUGUCCGCAGCUAUUGCCACCAUUGCGACAGUUUUCAUAUCCUUCGUCAGUCUAAGCAUCUGGAAGGUUUACCUGAAGCCGUUCUUCUUCAGCGCACUACGAAGUUUGCCUGAGCCGGAGGGGGGUAAACUCUUUAGCGGCCAUGCCAAGCUUCUUCCCAAUGAGCGUUCUGGGAUGCCUCUCCAGGAGUGGAUCAAUGAGGUACCCAACAAUGGUCUCAUUCGGUAUCGAAUGUGGUUCAACAAAGAGGUUGUAUUUGUGACGAGCCCAAAGGCACUUUCAGAAGUGCUGGUACUAAAGAACUACGAUUUCUCGAAGCCGUACAAACUAAGACAGGGGCUGGGAAGAAUACUUGGGGUAGGGUUGAUUAUCGCAGAGGGCGAAGAACAUAAAAAACAACGCAAAAUGUUGAUGCCAGCUUUUUCGCACCGACACGUCAAGGAUUUAUACCCGAUAUUCUGGGAGAAGGCCGCCCUCUUAGCUAAGGAGCUCGAACGCGAGAUUAAGCGCGAUCCUGAAGAAUCAAGCAAAGUGUUUGAUGUUGCUGAUUGGCUUGCUCGUACAACACUGGACAUCUUGGGAGCAGCAGGAUUUGGGAGGGAAUUCGACACGUUACAUCAUCCAGAUAAUGAAAUAGUCACCGCCUAUCAAAAUGUAUUCGAGCUAAAGCCACCAAAGGGGAUAUUUGGGAUCCUCAUUUUCAUUGCUCGCCAACAGAUCAUGAAUCUUCUGAAUAUAAAGCGCAAUGAUAGCAUCGCUGCUGCUACAGAAGUUCUGACUGGCGUUGCUCGCAGAUUGAUUGAAGAUAAAAAAUCUGAGAAGGAGCACCAUCAUAGUGAAGACGCCUCAAAUGGUGAAUCAGACAGGGACAUUAUAUCCGUCGCUCUUGACUCUGGCAGUUUCACUGAUACAAUGCUCGAAAACCAUCUUCUGACAUUCCUUGCCGCUGGGCACGAGACCACCGCGACAUCAAUGACAUGGGCGAUGUAUGCUUUAUGUCUGUAUCCAACUGUGCAAAAAAGGCUCCGAGAGGAAGUACGAGCCAGACUGCCCUUUGGAGCAAAUGCUAGUGCAGAAAUGCUAUUAGUCACGGCAGAGUUGGUAGAUAGUCUACCAUAUCUACAUGCUGUUUGUAACGAGGUCUUCCGCAUUUACCCACCAGCUGGGCUGACAAGAAGGGUAUCUGUAAAGGAUACAACUAUUGCAGAGCAGCACAUUCCAAAGGGGACAGUGGUUGUGAUCUCACCGCGUGCAAUUAACGUUUCGAAACAACUCUGGGGAGAUGAUGCAACGGUGUUCAAUCCUGAUCGAUGGAUGGGAUCCCUCCAAGCUAAUAGCGGCGGUGGUUUGACAAACUUCUCGUUCAUGACUUUUUUGCAUGGACCUCGUUCGUGCAUCGGUCAAGGCUUUGCCCGUGGAGAGUUUGCGUGUUUACUGGCUGCUUUGGUGGGAACAUUUGAAAUGGAGUUGGAGGACAAGGAUUCUGAUAUUGUCAUUGAGACAGGGCUCACUUCCAGGCCUCAGGGAGGAUUAAGACUACGGCUACGACCGGUUUAA